GGGCCGGUAUCUUCGUAACAACUGUAGUAGCGGGAUCAAUAUGUUGAGUCAGGAUCACCAUCAUGAGAAGACCUAGUUUGAGGGACACAGGAUUCUAUUUGGUUGCCACCUUCUGGGCAUUUUUUUUAUACCACCAGGGGUAUAUUAACUUAGGGCAUGCUAUAGGGUUCAUUGUCUUGUACGGAGGUUAUAUCGCAGCUGUCGUUAUAAGUCGACUCAUCUUUAACAAACUACGAAAUAAGAAAUCAAGUAAUAGUGUUCCAACUGUUUCUGAAGGUGUCAGUAUACAAGCAGCCAAUUACUGGAAGGAAACUACAGAAAACGGAAUGGCUGUUUCAGUUUUGCAACGCGAUAUGUCAGUGACGUCUGUUAAAGGUGAAAAGAACAAGAACAAUAUUUGCGAUCCCAGUGGACAAGAAAUUGCUUUGAAAAAUUUUCAUCAGCGAAACAGUCCAAAUCGCAGAUUUGUGCCUGAACAGCGAAUCAGAAGCCAGUCUCUAAUCGGUCAUCAUUUGAACCACGUGAUCAGCUAUAUAACUAACGAUGACCUUGAUAUACCUCUUCUUGCUAGGAUUAAAGGUGAAGACAGGCGUGUAAGAUCUCAAUCGGAUAAUGCUGAGAUCUGUUCCAGGGCUUAUAAUAAAGGGUCUGUGAAACAACCUCCUCCAUUGGUCAGUCAAUUUUCCAAUAGUAGUUCGCUUACAGUAGUUUCUGUGGAAGACAGCUUGUCGUCUGAACUUAACUUUGGACCUUGGAAAACGUUCUUUUAUCAUGUGUGUCCAGUAAAUAUCUUGGAGUGGAAUGACAGGAGCUGGUUCUUCAGAGUUUUCGAAGUUAUCAAGGCUCCCAUCUAUUUCUUGUUGACCGUCACUAUUCCUGUGGUUGAUUACGAAAACUACAAACAUAACUGGUGCCGAUAUCUGAACAUGUUACACUGCAUUACUGGUCCCAUGUUCGUGGUCCUAUCUUUAGGAAAUGCAACAAGCACAAUAGGGGGCGUUUUUCCCGUAUGGGCCUUAGUUUUGGUAGUUUCGUGUGUGCUAGCUGUUGUGGUGUUUUUAACUUCUAGUCAUGACGAACCUCCCAAAUAUCACUCAGCUUUUGGUUAUCUCGGGUUCGUUAUUUCAAUAAUGUGGAUUUACAAAAUUGCCUCAGAAGUUGUCUUCUUGCUAGAAGCUAUUGGACUAGUGAUGAAUCUAAGUGAUGCGAUAUUGGGAUUAACAGUCUUAGCUUGGGGUAACAGCCUAGGAGACUUUAUAUCCAAUAUGUCCGUCGCAAAACAAGGGUUUCCAAGAAUGGGAAUAUCUGCUUGCUUCGGUGGUCCUCUUCUCACUUCAGCUCACCCAGCACAUUCGGCUUCUGUACGGUACUCUUGUUGUCAGUGUUCUUUCUACCUUGGUGGUAAUGGUAGUUUCAAAGUUUAA